AAGUGUGUAUGCAAAUGUAUACGUUCCUUACAUUCUUUGCAGUCUCAAUGUUUAUCAUCUUCACUCUGACGAUUACACGCAUGAUACAUGCGUCGUAUAUGCAACUACAAAUUAUAUUGUGAUAUGCAGUUCGUCACAAGUCAUCCAUAGAAUCCUUGAGGUUCAGUGUUCAGUGUUCCUUUCAGGAACGAAGCAUGCCCAAUAGAUUGGAAUGGCUCGACCAUGGAUAAGGUGUUUCAUUGGUGCCAUUGCAAUGUCGACGAUGUUCUACUUCUAUUUGUUCUCAAACGUUGCAGAAAGAGAAAAAUCCAGAAAGGUACUUCAGGCUGAUCUCAAAUUUAGAAAAGUACACACUAGUCUAAGCGAACCACAAAAUCUCGCUGGCUACCAAAUGCCUGACGAACGACAUCAGCUUCAAAGGAAUCUGGAGACCGAGUGCAGCAUUAUCCACAUAGCGAUGGUAUGCGCAGGAUACAACUCAACAUUUGCUACCAUAAUUGUGGUCAAGUCCAUUUUAUUCUACCGAAGAAACCCUCUUCACUUUCACUUCAUCGUAGAUGAGAUUGCCAACACAACUCUUUUUACGUUAUUUGAAUCAUGGAAUCUACCGAAUGUUCAACUGAGUUAUUACAAGUCCGCAGAAUUGGUACCACGAGUGGCUUGGAUACCGAACAAGCAUUACUCCGGAGUUUACGGUCUGCUAAAACUGAUUCUUCCUGACGUACUCAAUGUUGAUAAAGUGAUAGUACUCGAUACCGAUGUUACCGUCCUAACGGAUAUACUAAGGCUGUGGAAAUUGUUCGACAACUUUGGGUCUCAGCACCUCAUAGGAUUAGUAGAAAACCAAAGCGACUGGUAUUCAAAACCGUCAGCAAGAAACCCGUUUCCAUGGCCUGCAUUGGGUCGAGGUUUCAACACAGGGGUCAUCUUGAUGCACUUAAGGCGUCUUAGGAGUAUGAAAUUCCUGAAAAUAUGGGAAGAAACGUCGCGAGCGACUCUAGAAGAGAUUUCUGAAACGCAUCUCGCCGACCAAGAUAUAAUAAAUGCUGUGAUAAAGAAGUACCCCGGUAUAUUAUACAGGCUUGAUUGUACGUGGAACGUUCAGUUGAGUGUUCAAACAUUGAGUGAAAAUUGUUAUACUAACACGAACGAAAUAAAUAUUAUUCACUGGAAUUCACCAAAAAAACAAGACGUGACCAACAAGCAUAUUGACGAUUUUCGAAAGGCGUAUCAAAUAUUUUUAGAGCUUGAUGGAAACCUGCUUCGAAGGCAGCUUUUCCCAUGCCAGAAACCAGAUGAGCAAGUCAUCUCCGGAAACUCUGAAACGGGUCACGGCACGUGUCAGAAAUUCGAGGAAAGUUCGCGAAUUAACUAUCGUACGUAUCUGUUCCUCCUCGAGUACGAAAACAACUUUAGGUACGUGCCCGACGUGACUUUGAUCACACAAUGCAGUGGAGACCGCCUAACGCUUUUGGAAGAUUUGUGCAAGCGUUGGAGAGGCGCGAUAUCCGUGGCUCUGUAUUUUACGGACGCAGACACGUAUAAUUUCAUUAAAUUUGUACGAGGUUCGGAGGAGCUGAGCAAACGAAGAAACAUCGCCUACCAUGUCGUCUAUAAAGAAGGGGACUUUUACCCGGUAAAUUAUUUACGCAACGUAGGAAUGUCGCACGUGACUACAUCUUACGUAUUUCAAUUAGACGUUGAUUUUUUACCGUCCAAUGGUUUAUACGAUACACUGAUGAGCAGUAUCGUUUCCCUACGAUUUACCGAAGAUAGUCAAGUUGCGUUGAUAGUACCCGCAUUUGAAACCGAAAGAUACAGGUUCAAUUUUCCCGAGAGCAAGGAAGCCCUCGUUAGGUCUCUAAACCGUGGCAUGUUUUACACAUUUCGAUAUCACAUUUGGUCCCAGGGACAUGCGGCAACGAACUACACUCAUUGGUGCAAGGCUUCCGAGCCAUACGAGGUUGAUUGGGAGCCAGACUUUGAACCGUACGUCGUGGUUCCGAGUUCUGCUCCGAGCUACGAUACCAGAUUCGUUGGUUUCGGUUGGAACAAAGUCUCGCACAUAGCUCAUCUGGCGGCGAUGGGGUACAGGUUCGUCGUUCUACCUGACGCGUUUGUUAUCCAUCGUCCUCACGCACCGAGUUUCGACAUCAUUAAAUUUCGACAGGACUCGUUAUACAGAAGAUGCCUGAAAAAAUUGAAAGACACUUUUGUCGACGAGUUGUUAAGGAGGUACGAGGAUAGUGCUGUUUCCAAUUUGAAGAAGCGAUCCCGUUCAUCCGGGACAAAAGUGCGCGUUGAAUAGGAGCAAAAUACUUGAUCGUCGUCUGCACACUUUGGAAAUCACCUCGCCAAGUAAUAUUAAUCUGGUACUUAGCGAUGGGAACGCAUUAUUUAUACACUACUACACUCAGCUGUUGCAAAUUUACUGUACCAAAUACGAAGUUUAUCAGGAACGUGCAGCAAACCGCCAAAGCAUUUUGCGUAGAUUCAAAAAAAUUAAAUGAAUAGAUAAAUUAAUAAUCACACGCGAUAAAUUUUGCGAACAACGUAAAUUCUUGAGUGUAGCAUCAGCGGUGUGCGUUCAAGAAAAGCUGCUUUUUUGCCACGUACAUAAAAAUCAUUGCGAUUACUUUUAGUUAAAAUAAUUAUCAGUUCUUGCCGUCGCAUUGCGCAGAUUAUUCCUUUCCCUCGCUCUCUCUCAUUCCUAUUGUAGCCAGAUAUUCUAAAUUUUUCCCAUUAGUUCCUUUCUACGGGAUAAACUUAGUGCUCUUCCGAAGCAUAAGCCGAUUAAUUACUUAUCUCUUGCCCCGGGUUGCCCAACUUUUCCCAUCCCAGACCUGCGCGAGCUCCACUCUCUUAUUGUUUUAUUCUCUCGAGGCCUGAUGGUAGUUUUGAACCGACUAUGAAAUCUGUGAAGAAAUUGCUUUCCGUGUUGCCUGAAAACCCGGUACUAGUCGAGAAAUUUUAAAUUCACAAACUUUCGGCAAUCUUGAAUAUUUCAGCGGGAUUGAUUAGUUUACAGCGCAAUGCACACAGCUUGCCUCGGGAAGCAUUUAUUCCACUCCGAAUACACCGAAAGUCUGGCCUCUUCGAAAUUUAUGGCCUUGAAUGCAAAGCGCUGCUAAUAAACACCUCGCGAUCAGACAUGCGGAUUUACUCGCGAAAUGACGUUCCGAGCCAUUAAGCGCGAUGGGCAGCACUCAGAAUGGUUUGGCGGACUGGCAGGUAUUAGAUUAAGUCAGCGUCCUGGUUUAGAGGCCGACAAAAAGUGAUUUUC